AUGGUUGAUGAAGUGAAUAAGGGAAAUAUGACAAGUGGUCAGUUUAGCUCAAAGACAUGGGCAAGAAUUCUUGAGGAUUUGCAAAGUAAAAGUAAGCGAAAGUAUGUAAUGAAACAAGUUAAGCAAAAGUUUCAUAGGUUACGCAUCAGGUAUCGUGAGUUUUCUGAAUUGUCGAAACAAACUGGAUUUGGAUGGAGUCGUGAAAAAGAUACUGUGACUGCUCCUGAAGAAGUAUGGCAAAAUUAUAUAAGGGCACAUCCAAGGGCGGCACAAUAUCAAAAGAAAGGAUGUGAUCAUUUUAGAUUGUUUGAACUAAUUUUUAGUAAAUCAACUGUGACUGGUUUACACCAUCGUUCUGCUGCUUCAGGUCCACCCAAUACUGAUGAUGAAAGGGAGAUGGAAAAUGAUUUAGAUCAUGUAGACAUACAAGAUAUUGAUGAUAAUGAUAGUGCUAGUUGUAUAGGCUCUCGUCUUGUUGAUGAUAUUUUUAAACGUUCAGCAAAAAAUUCAGCAACAACAAGUGUAGAGCGAGUGAAAAGACAAAGAUCACAACAAAUGAGUGAUGCGAUUGUUGCAUGGACUGAGGUAGCUAAAGUAAGAGCUGAGGCUACUUUAGCUAAAGCCGAAAAAUACAAGAGUAAAAGUGAAGUAGGAGGAAGUCAAAAAGAUGAAUUUUCUCUCACAAAAUACAUGCAGAUCCUUGAAGGAAUUGAAGGAGUUGAUGAUGAUAUUUACAUGAAAGCUGUCGAGAAGUUCAAAGAUUCGGAUUGGAGAGAGAUUUUUAUUAAUAUGUCUACUGCUAGAAAGAGGGCUUGGCUAGAUAGGCUUUGA